AGAUAUGUCAAGGGUUGGGUCCGCUGUUGUCACCUACUUCCGAAGGCAUAGCAGAAAAGAAUGGAUGGAUUAUUUUAUGUCUACCCAUUUCUGGGGUCCUGUCGCUAACUGGGGUAUUCCUCUUGCGGCACUCGCUGAUCUAAAGAAAAAUCCCGACAUGAUCUCUGGAAACAUGACUGUGGCACUAUGCUUAUACUCUUCUGUCUUUAUGAGGUUCGCAUGGCAUGUUCAACCGCGCAACCUUCUGCUCUUCGCUUGUCAUUUUACAAAUCUUUCUGCUCAAUCUGCUCAGCUUGCUCGAUAUCUGAACCACAACUAUCUACACAUUGUUGAAGAUCCUAUCGCGAAGAAAGAACGUUUGAAUGAGGAAAGCGGAAGCAGAGUCAUGGCCCUACACGGCAAAAUAUGAUCACAAAAUUGUAUAAUCUAGAAAGCUGUGAGUGUUCUGAUGAUUAUAUAGGUACCAGUUUAUUAGAUUGCUCCACUUAGUCCACAUUUCUAGCUGCAAGUGUACGGG